AUGGCGGCCGAUUUUUCUCACCAAUCAUCCUCAACAAAGAACGACGCAUCAACUGUAGCUCAUCGUAGUUCUUCUGCCCAAUCUAACACCACUAUGGCGAACAUGCAAAAUACUGUUAACGAGCUAAUCAACCCGGAUCGUCGGGGAAAUGCUCUCAAAGUGCUCUCCAAGAGGAGGGAUAUGUUUGAGGAACUUGCCCCUUUAUUGUGGAACACUGCUUGUAUUGCUACAAUACUUUUACAGGAAAUAAUUUCAGUAUAUCCAGCUAUUUCAUCAUUGCAACUUACUCAUGCACAAUCAAUUCGAGUGUGUAAUGUUCUUGCACUACUUCAGUGUUUGGCAUCUCACCCUGAAACAAGGAUGCCAUUCAUUAAUGCAAACAUGCCUCAAUAUUUCUAUCCAUUCCUUCAAUCGACAAGCAAGUUACCACAAUUUGAGUACUUGAGGGUUGCUAGUCUUGGAGUCAUUGGUGCCUUAGUGAAGGCCAACACCAGAGAAGUCAUAAGUUUCCUGCUUUCAAGCGAGGUAGUACCUCUAUGUUUGCAAAGCAUGGAAAUUGGAAAGCAAUUGUCAAAAAAUGUCGCAACAUAUAUAUUACAGUUCUUUUUGGCAAAUGAUGAAGGAUUGGAGUAUAUUUGUGCGACAGCGGAGAGAUUCUUCGCGGUAGCACGAGUGCUCGAAUUGGUGUUAAGAAGUCUUGAGGAGGAACCUUGCCCCCGCCUUUUAAAACUUGUAAUUUCGUGCUACGCUCGUUUGUCUAACAAUCACAGGGCUGCUGUUGCAUUAGUGAGGUGUCUUCCAAACACGCUCAAGGAUGCAACUUUUUCUAAUGACAUUCGUGAUGACCCUGCAACUAGGAGAUGGAUGGAAAAGUUGCAUGAAAAUAUUAGGAGGCACCAGCAGCAGGUUCCUGAACAAGGUGGCGGAUCAGGAGUCGGAGAUAUUGGAGGGUCGUAA